AUGGUUGUAGCAAGUGUGAGAAAAAAAGUCACACGUGACCUUCAGGACGUGAAUGACAGCUUAGCAGGUUUCGGCACCAAGAUGAAGGGCCUUAAAAAGGGGAGACUGGUAUUUGAGGAACUGUUUUUUAUUAAGAAAAAUAUGACAUAUACAUCCCAUGCAUCACUCUUGCUCUUAAAUGUAUGUAUUUUCAUUUGUGGAGAAGCUGUCCAGGGCAGCUAUAUUCAUCAUUCUACAGAAAGAAUUCUAACAGAUGUGGAAGCUCAGGGGAAAAGAAAUCUGCAAAAUUCUAUUGUUUCUUAUACAAGAAGUGCCAGAAAACUACUAAGAAAUGUAACGGAUUAGCAGCAAACAUCUUUGGAUUACUUACCUUGCCAGGUUAAUGAGCUCAUGAAUCAAGUUCUCCUUUUGACUACAGAAAUUUUUAGACAGCAGCUGGGUUCUUUUCUUCCUGGCGCUGUUCAAUCACAUGGUUUGGCUUGCACUGAUAUUAAAGAUUCGAUUGGCUCUGUCACUAAAACCCCUAAUCGUUUAUAUAUAAUCUUUCCAGAAGGAUUGAGCUACCCAUUUGAGGUGACUUGUGACAUGGAUUUCAGAGGAGGAGGAUGGACAGUGCUUCAGAGAAGGCUCAACAGGGCAACCGACUUCCUGGAUGGAUUUGGAGAUCUUGCAGGAUAAUUUUGGUUAGUAAUGAAAAAUAUUUUUUACUGAAACCAGAAUGUUUCUAGUUUUAUGCUUCAUGUGGCCCUGAAAUCUGAAGACAGCACACUUGGUUAUGUUUCAUAUGAUAAUUUUUGGCUAGAGGAUGAAACAAAAAAUUUUAAAAUACUCUCAGGAUGAUAUUCAGGAUAUGUUGGUGAUGCUUUCUGGGGCUUCAGAGAAGAUGAUAAUCAGAAUGCAAUGCCUGUCAGUACCUCAGAUGUUGAUAAUGAUGGGUGCCACCCUGCUUGUCUGCUCAAUAGUCAGUCAGUGAAGAGCAGCAAUUACUUGCAUAAAGACACUGACUGGUGGUUCAACAAAUGUGGUCUCACAAACCUAAAUGGCAUCUGUCACAAUCCUGGCAAACUGGGAAUUCAGUGGGGCACAUGGAUCAAAAACAGCUCAGUUGUCAAGAUUAAAUCUGUUAAAAAAAAAAUUAAAAGAACCUAUAACCCAAAUUUUAAGUAA